UGGUGAGGGGGGGGGACGCGAGUUGAGAGAUUGAUAUACGGUGGCCGGGGGCGAGAGAGACGCACAUUAUCAGCGGACCAGCUGCGGCGCAGUCAACAAGUCCUGAACGCUUCCUUCCAGACAUGGGUUGCUAUGACUGCUGUAUGCGCUGUUUGGGCGGGGUGCCAUAUUGCUCCCUCGUCGCCACACUGCUCUGCUUCUCUGGCAUUGCCCUGUUCUGCGGUUGCGGUCACCAGGCGCUCACAGAAACGGAGAGACUCAUCGAGACGUAUUUUGCCCGCAACCUUCAGGACUACAUCACUCUUGCUUAUAUCAUUCAAUAUUUCCAGUAUGUCAUCUAUGGUUUGGCCUCCUUUUUCUUCCUCUACUGCAUCGCGCUGCUGGCUGAGGGCUUCUACACAACAAGUGCUGCCAAGCAAACAUUCGGAGAGUUCAGGAGCACCAUGUGUGGCCGCUGCCUCAGCUCCUCGUUUAUAGUGACGACGUAUGUUCUCGCCGUGCUGUGGCUGCUGGUGUUUGCCUUCUCGGCCUUGCCAGUCUACUUCUUCUACAACAUGGAUGCAACUUGUCGCACCAUUGACAUUCUGACGGAGACCCCAGCAAGUAUCAACCAGCUCUGUGUUGAUGCAAGGCAAUACGGGCUCUUGCCAUGGAAUGCGGUACCAGGAAAAGCUUGUGGUAUGACCCUGUCCAAUGUUUGCAAAACCAGAGAGUAUCGGAUGACCUAUAACCUGUACAUUGCUGCCUUCGCCGGUGCGGGCAUCACUCUCCUGGCUCUGCUGACCUAUACUGUGUCAAGCACCUAUAACUUUGCGGUUCUGCGGUAUCUUGGGAGAAAGGGCAUAGGUGCAAGGUGUUAGGCACCUGGCUUCCUUUCCACUCUGUCACCACUUUGACAUCUACAAGGGGAUCUGAAGGGGACGACAACGCCUCUGUCCAUUCACUUCACCUGCACAGAAACUACCUAUGGUCAUGGACUUUAGAAAUACCUUUUUUUUAAUUAUUAUUAUAUUAUUCUAACUUUUUAUAAGGAUGCUUUUGUUUUCUGUUGCAAUCGGCACUGUGACUUGCAGUAAAUCGUAUUUUCCUCGUCGGAUCACCCCCCACUGUUCAUUUCUGCCACCGGUUGCGGUCCAAGCAUAACACGGUACUAAUGAACUAAAACAUAGGCUGUAGGAAAAUCAAGCAGCAGCUGCUUAGCAGAACAAGGGGAUUAAAGGUUACCAUGACCACCACGCCUCACAUCUGGUUGCCAUGGGGGCAGACAAACACGCAUUUGCCGUCUCACGCUGACCUCAGGACUUUUCUCACGGGCUGCGGCAAAAAGCAGCAACAAUGGAGUCGUGCCAGUUCGAAACGCUAGCCAAUAAGAAGCCUCUUUUAGGGGCCACCUGCACUGCGAGUCUCUGCCAGAGGGGUUACGCUUCGUGUCAAAGGAGAGGGCCCUCCGGACAAAGAGCGUCAGACCUCUGCGACCGCAUCCACGCCGGGCCUCUUACCACGGAAAAGAUGGGUUCAGAGUGAAGGAAUUUCCGAUUCAGUAUUUGUUAGAUCUAGUGAGGUCUGUAAAUGUUUCUCACUGUGGGAUGAAAAAAAAAGCACUAGGUGCUAAAUGAUGAAGUAACCUCUUGAUAUCGGAUCAAAACCGCCGCUGAGGUGUUUCCUGCUUUUUAUGUGACUGAGGUACUCUUAUGGCAAAAACAAAAAAAGCAGCUUUGCUUAAUUCGUUAGGAAUUUUGUUGUAGUUAUUGUAUAACACAAUUGAGCUAAUUGUAGCUAAAUUUACUAAUAUGUUUACAGUGGGGUCAGAAGUUUGCAUACACUCAUCUGCAACAUGUCACAUUUUGGGCUUUCAAUGAAGCAUUUGAACUGUUAUUUUUUUGUCAGAGUGGAGCAACUAUACUGUUAUCAUCAGUUGAGUUCACACUUUUGAAUUACAAUUUUUUUAUUUUAUUUUUUCUAGCAUUUGGUCUGAUCUGCUUUAGGCAAGUUGCAGAGAAUCUGGGUUCUGGCAUAAUUUUGCGUGAUAUUUAACCAUACUUUUUUAUAUGACUUUAAAUUGGUUGGUUUCCUGGCAGGAGGCCAGCUUUAAAGCGUUGUCCAUACAUUUUUUUUAUUAUAGGGUUUAUGUCGGAGUCAUUCUUUAUCCAUUCCAAAUCCAGUCAUGUCGUUUGUUUGCUUGGGGCCAUUAUCUGAUUGGGAAACCAUACUCUUGUCAAAAUUUCCAAACUGCUGCUCUCUCAUGAAAUUGAUCUGGGUGUGUAGAAGCAAGCCAGGAACAAUCAUAUAUUAAGCCAUAUCAGUUUAGAUCUGCUGGAACCACCAAUUGGAUUAAAAUGUUGUUUCUUGAUUUAAGGUGAAUUUUGGAGGUAGUCCUCCCCCGUCAGUAUUUCUUCUAAUUUGUGUGUACCGAUGGCAGCGAAAUAGACCCUCUGAAUGACGCCACUUCUGCCAUGCUUUAAGAUUUGUGUCGUUUUGUUAGGUUUGAAAGCCUCACCUUGACACCUGUAAACAUCUCCCCUGGUCACAGAAGUCUUUGUAGGCAGCUGCAAAGUUAAGUCAUGCUUGAAGGUGUCAGUUUUGAAGCAGGAACUCAGUCCAUGUUGUUUAACUUGCUUCAGUAUGACCAGUGGUGGUGGUGUUUCCUUGGUUGUUGCUGCAUAUCCUGACCAAUUAGGGACUGUGUGGAGAUAUUUGAAAAAGUUAAGUGUUUCAACUGCGCAGUGAUUCCAAAUCUGGUUGCAAACAACCGUAUUAAGUGGCCUGGAGUUCAGUCGUAUUAAAAAUGUAAGGAUGAUGAUAAAGAGCUGAGCCUGAGAGGGGGAAACAAACUGACCAUUCCUAUAAAAAAAGUGGUCAAAUAUUGAGCCAAACAUUUUGCCAGAACCUUGAUGGUUACAAAAAGUGUUAGGUUUCUCUGUAAUUUGUCAAGCGACUUAUAUCUAGAUGCAUGUAUAUAAGUGAGCUUGCGCAUAUAUCAGGACAUAUUAGUGGCUCGGGCAUAGUCCACAUUAAAUUCUACCUUUUUACCCAUUUCCUUUUUUUUUUUGUAUUAUUCUCAAACACAUUAUGCGGCAUCAUUAGUCCAACCCAAUAAAGACUGGUUCAAAUGAAUCAUUAACGGCUUAAAAUUAAUCCAUUCUUGCCAGCGGGGGUCUGUGUGUGCAAUUUCUGACCGGCACUGAGGAAAUCUUGCCGCAGGUCAUUUUUAUUGAUGAAACCUUUCCUUUUAUAGCUGUGAGUUUAUUUGUAGGAUGGAAGGUGGCUGGUAGGUAGAUUUAUUCGUUUCUCCUUUUUAGUGUGUGUUGGUAAUGUACUGUUUGGAAAUAAAUGGAUCAAUUUAAA